GAUCUUUUUUUCCCCACCUGUGGGCAAACCCUCCCCCAGCCUGCACGCAUCGGCACGGCAUCUCCUCGCUCUGCCGCGCCGCCGCCGCCGCCAUGAAGCGCUCCUUCGACGCCAUGGAGGCGAAGCCGGUGUUCCUCUCCAAGGAGGAGCGCCAGCGCCUCGCGCUCGAGCGCCGCCAGGCGGCCGUCGCCGACCAGCGCCGCUCCGCGCUCGACAUCCUCCAGUCGCUCCCGCGGCCCCCUCCGCCGCCUCCCCCGUCCGGCGCCCCCCGAGACUCCUCCUCGUCCCACCGCGACCCCUCCGACCGGGACAGGGGCGACAGGGGGGACAGGGACAGGGACCGGGACCGGGACCGCCGCCGCGACGACGACUCCCGCCGGGACCGAGAUCGGGAUCGCGACCGCGACCGCGACGAGCCUUCCCGCCGGGACCGGGACCGUGACCGCGACCGGGACAGGGAGCACCGGGACAGGGAGCGCGGGGAGCGGGACAAGGACCGGGAGAAGGACCGGCUGGAGAAGAUGGCGGAGAGGGAGCGGGAGAAGGAGCUGGAGGCCAUCAAGGAGCAGUACCUGGGGUCCAAGAAGCCCAAGAAGCGGGUCAUCAAGCCCUCGGAGAAGUUCCGCUUCUCCUUCGACUGGGAGAACACCGAGGACACCAGCCGCGACAUGAACAUGCUCUACCAGGCGCCGCACGAGGCCCGCCUGCUCUACGGCCGCGGCUUCCUCGCCGGCAUUGACCGGCGCGAGCAGAAGAAGGCGGCCGCCGUGUUUGAGAAGGAGACCCGUGCCGAGCAGCGCCGCAAGUUCGGCGUGGAGGACCGGCCUGAGGAUGAUGUGGCUGAUAAGAAGAAGGCUGCCGCCGCGGAGAUGUAUGAUGCCUUCGACAUGCGGGUGGACAGGCACUGGUCUGAGAAGGGCAUCGAGGAGAUGACGGAGCGGGAUUGGCGUAUUUUCCGGGAGGACUUCAAUAUCUCCUACAAGGGGUCUCGCAUACCCCGGCCGAUGCGCAACUGGCCUGAGAGCAAGCUUGGGACUGAGCUGCUUCGUGCUAUUGAGAAGGUUGGGUACAAGAAACCGUCACCGAUCCAGAUGGCUGCCAUUCCACUUGGUCUCCAGCAGCGUGAUGUCAUUGGUAUUGCAGAGACAGGUUCGGGCAAGACUGCCGCUUUUGUGCUUCCUAUGCUGUCAUACAUUACUCGCCUGCCGCCUAUAAGCGAGGACAAUGAGGCCGAGGGUCCUUAUGCUGUUGUCAUGGCACCUACUCGUGAGCUUGCUCAACAGAUUGAGGAAGAGACGGUGAAGUUUGCAACCUAUCUAGGCAUUAAAGUCGUUUCCAUUGUUGGUGGUCAGUCGAUUGAGGAGCAAGGUUUCAAGAUCAGACAGGGCUGUGAAGUUGUGAUUGCAACGCCUGGUCGGCUUCUUGAUUGUCUGGAGAGAAGGUAUGCUGUGCUCAACCAGUGCAACUAUGUUGUACUUGACGAGGCUGAUAGGAUGAUUGAUAUGGGAUUUGAGCCACAGGUUGUUGGUGUCCUUGAUGCCAUGCCGUCAAGUAACCUGAAACCUGAGAAUGAGGAAGAGGAACUGGAUGAGAAGAGGAUUUACAGGACAACUUAUAUGUUCAGUGCCACCAUGCCACCUGCUGUUGAGCGCCUUGCUAGGAAGUACCUCCGGAACCCAGUUGUCGUCACAAUUGGUACAGCUGGCAAGGCCACAGAUCUGAUAACUCAAAAUGUGAUCAUGGUGAAGGAGUCAGAGAAGAUGUCACGACUCCAGAAGAUACUCACAGAUCUUGGGGACAAGACGGCCAUUGUGUUCUGCAACACAAAGAAGUCAGCAGACAACCGUGCUAAGGAUCUGGACAAGGCAGGUUUCCGCGUCACAGCACUGCAUGGAGGGAAGUCACAAGAUCAGAGGGAGAUCAGCCUUGAUGGAUUUAGGAACCGCAGGUUCAAUGUUCUUGUAGCGACUGAUGUUGCAGGGCGUGGUAUUGAUAUUCCUGAUGUCGCUCAUGUUAUUAACUAUGAGAUGCCUAGUUCAGUUGAUACAUACACACAUCGCAUCGGAAGAACAGGGCGUGCAGGAAAGAAGGGACUUGCAACUUCAUUCUUGACUCUGGAUAACACUGAUAUUUUCUUCGAUCUGAAACAGAUGCUUACUCAGAGCAAUAGUCCCGUCCCUCCAGAACUUGCUAGGCAUGAGGCGUCGAAGUUUAAGCCAGGAUCGGUUCCUGAUAGACCUCCAAGAAGAAAUGACACCGUCUAUGCAUCUCACUGAAGCAAUCUGCUGCAGAAGAGGCGGAGAUCCUUCUUGGGUACAAUUCAGGGCCACCUUCUACUGUGUCGAGAUUUAGUACUUAUGAGAGGGCAAAUGCUCAAUCUUGAUCUUCAUUGUGGAGAUUUAUGUGGUUCUUUCAACAUUAGUCUCAAGAGGUGCCAACUUUCUUAUUUUCCUUUUUUGUUAUGCACUUCAGUAUUCAGUUGUAGAGCUAUGUAUUUCUUUUUAAGUAAGCUAUAAUAAAAUGAGAUUUGAAAUGACCGAGCUACCAUGUCAAAAAAACAUUCCGAUUGUGUUAGGUCUCAUUAUAAUUUUAUUAUACACUUCAUUCAAGAAUGGAUAGAAAGUGCUUUUGUUUGGCUAAACUUCUGAGUUCUAGACAAUGAUUAUGAAUGUGCACAGGUGUUGAAGCCUGUUGAAUAACUAGCCUUAGAUCAAUGGCUAUGGUAGAAAUAUAGUCCAUUACUUAUAGUCAUUCUUUGUUGUUUCUAUGGAUUGAAUUUUUUGAGAGAGCACAGCUAGAGUUAAGUGUUUAUAUGUAGUCAUAUGAGAGCAGUUAAGAUAGUUGAUCGUGCUCUGCUCUGUGUUUUGUGUUUGUUGAUUGCCACGUUGAUAAAAUAUGUGUCACAAUGUGCAUGAGGGUAAUAUCUCGUAAGAGUAAUGAAUUUUCAGAGAGAAUUGGAAGUUCCAUCUGAUUGAGUUUUGGGUUAUGAGCAAUUGACCCAUUUGGCCAUUUCUGUGCUAGUCCUGUACAAUCAGUGCAUACUGCUGAAACCAAAGAAAUUGUGCUAGAUAACCUAAUCUGUUGUGUGUUUAUGAUGUAAAAUCCCAGAUAUGUUUUGUGGAAGAUCAGAUCCUAGGUGUUUGUGGGCUUGUACCAAUGAUCGGUGAUGUGGCCAUAUACUUUUGAUUUAGAAAUUGCACACCCACUGUUGCCUGUUAAACAAAAGGUAUACUUGCUAAUAUUUGCAAGUUUUCUUAUCUUCAGUGAAGAAAUGAUGGCAUUUUUAAGAUAUAUCCUAUUUUUCAACUAUAGUCCUUCCACACCAUGGGACCCCCAGCUGGAAACCCUGAAACCCCCCAGUCCCUUUCUGUCUCACAUUAUCACCACAUUGUGUGGGCUUCACCUUGCACCCGCACGCCCCAUGAGACAUGAUGAUUUUUAAUGAUUUCAAGGCCAUUUUGAGUGAGCAGUAGUUGUCUUGGUAGUCUUAAAUAACUCAUGUGGAAUACUGCUUCUCUUCCAAAAUAUUUGAAGUACUAGGUUUCUCUAAGUCAAACUUCCUCAAGUUUGACCAAGUUUAUAGGAAAAAUUAUUGAUAUCCACAAAAUCAAAUAUAUAUAGUAUGAAGUUAUAUUUAUGAUUAAUUAAUUGAAACUAAUUUGGCAUUGUGGGUGUUGGUAUAUUUUUCUGUAGACUUGGUCAAACAUAAAGAAGUUUGACUUAUAAACCUAGAAAUUCAAGUAUUUUGUAACGGAGUAUAUAUCUCUUAACAUAGGAAACGAACAACAGAUGGUCAUGCUAAUGGUAUUGAAGAGGACAUUUGCAGUGUGCACAGUGGCAUAAAAAAUGACGUUUGCGGUGGCAUAGGCAUAAUAUCAGUGUUUCAGUUGAUCCAUUUGUUAACAGUUUCAGCUAAAAUGUCUUAAAACCAUUCUUUUUGAUUUUAACUAUUGUCAAUUAUUAUUGUAAUCUAGAAUACGCUUACUCAGAUGUUCCGGUGGGAGCAUGCUUGUUUUAAAGGUGCUGAACAUUUGUAGGUUUGUAAGCUCAUUUGAAUUUAAUCUGCCUUCCCAUUAUAGUGCUCUAAAUAUAGUACCUUUUCACGCGUAGGCAUCCAAUAAUCAAAUUCUGGGCAUGUUGCUGAGGAUGUGUGUUCUGCUGUGGAUCAUUAUGGAGGACCCAAUCAUCAAAUGCCUAGCGUAUAGGAAGGGAUAUCAGAUGUGUGUGGACUGUGGUGUCUUGGGUAGUUAGUGAAAUAUGCCAGAGGGGCUGCUCCGAUAUAGCCAGAAUGAUGCAGCCCUCAGGGAUGGCAUGCCACUGAAAGCUCCCUCUGUAAAGAAAUAUAAGAGAUUUACAGAGGGAGUAUCUCUUAAAAUGCACCAAGCAAAUUAAGCAAUACAAUAACGCUACAUAAUCAAAUGUGAUAAGCAUUUUGUAACACCCACAAGCUUUGUGCCCUGUUUCUAAGUUACGUUCUGAUGA